GGCUUUGACCGAUAGAGGUUAAGAUGGGCACGCUACGCUACCAAGUAGUUCCGGGGGACGGAGCAGGUUCGCUUCCGGAAGCGAGCAGCCGAACCAUGGUUACCAUCUUCAAAGCUGGUUUACCAAUACGUUGGGUGGUGAUGUUUCAGCCUCGAUCUUGGUGUAGUAAGAUGCAAGUUCCUAUUUUGUCUGUGGGCAGGCCUAUUUCCACAUCCCGUGAAAAACCAUCAGCCAUAGAGACUGAAAAAUUCCAGAUGAUUUAUCGGUUUCCUGGCAUCAGAUUCUGUGGGUCUUUAUCCCGGAUGAAGAUUCUGCAGACAGGGAUUACUGUGGUAAUAUUGCCACCUAGCUAUUAUUGGUACACGCAAGAUCUCAUUCCCCUGGACUCCCUAUUUUUCACAGGGGGUAUUGCUAGCUUUGCCCUAGUGAUGUUGUAUUGGAUUAGUCAUUUCUUUCGGCGGCUUGUUGGGAUCCUUUAUGUGAAUGAGGCUGGCACUGUGUUGCGAGUAGCACACCUGACAUUCUGGGGCCGGCGUCAAGAUACAUAUUGCCCAGUGGCCAACAUAAUUCCUGUAUCUGAGACCAGUGAACAUCCCUUUGAUGUUUUCUUGAAGAUUCACCAGUAUGAUUGUGAUCAGACCUUCUACUUAACACUGCGCUUUGGACACAUCCUGGAUAAGAAACGCUUUGCACAAGUGUUUGGGAAUCUUGAUGGAAAACGUUGAUGAUUUGGUAGAAAAAACUCCUGCACUUUAGGGAAAUAUUCUUUCACUGUAGCUUUAUCUCCCAAGGCUUAAACUAGAGCAGGUUAAGAGGUAAGGAACUUACUGUCUGGUUGCAGUCAACAAAGAUCUACUAUAUGCCAUGCACUUGUCUUUCAAAGUCAAAAGAUACAUGAACUAGAAGCAGACCUAAGUUUCUGGUAAAACAACUGCUGAACAGAUUUUGAAAAGGCAGUACUCAAUGGAACCAUGAAACUGCUUUUAGUGAUGCAGUAGGAAUUGAUUUUUUUCUACCUGUGUACUUUUUCUGGAAAAAGGCAGCUUGAUUUUCUGGAGAGAAAAUUGUCUGGACACAGUGGGUCCUUUUCCUGCUUUGACUGAUUAUAAUAGCCAUUUUGGCAUAUGAAUGUCAUUUAAUCUAUCAAAAGGAAAGUAUUAUUAUGCUGAUAGAUAGUAAGUGCUUGAGGAAGACAGGACUAGUAUAAAAAUAUGGUUAUUUCAUCCCUCUCAGAAAGGCAGCUUUGUGCACUUCCCAGAAACAUGAUUGAAAUCAAAGAUUAGUAUAAGAUCAUAACUGAGAAUUUUUUUUUUACCUUUCAGAGAUUUAAAUAAUCAUACACUGUUAAUUACAACCUAAUAAAAAUGUUGUGGGAGUUGA